AUGCCGCCAGCACAGAUGACCAGAAAGGCCUGCGACGUCUGCUACCGCAAGCGGAUUCGGUGCGACGGUCAAAAGCCCCGGUGUUCUCACUGCGUUCUGUACAAAUCCGACUGCACGUUUCAAGCUACGAGCCGUAAAGCUGCCAUCAGGAAAAAAGCCAGUGGUCCUACGGCGGCUUUGCAGUCUCAGGUGCAAUCGCUUGAGACGAGUGUUGACGAAGCACAGCAAAGAAUAAAGGAGCUUGAAGCACGAUUGACACAGAAAAGCAGCAGUCGAAGUGAUCAGCCCCAGCUUGGUGAACAUGACGUCAGCUACUCUGCAAGAGCUUCUCUCGAUUUAGGUCUCGAGUUACCUCCUCAACACGAGGUCUUAUCAGGAGUCAACAAGUUCCUUGCAACCUUCAACACUAUCCUACCCCUCUUUGAUCCACAGAGACUCCUAUCUCGGAGCCAAAAAGAUAUCAGUAUUGACUGGCCAUCAGCUACACCUGCUGACGGAGCUGGUAUGCUCUACACAGCUGAUGAUUCGUCUAACUUCAACUUCUUUCUGUCACGUGUGCAGCUUGCGCAUAUCCAAGGCCAAGUCUACGAAGCAAUGCUAUCCAAGUCCCCCACCGCAUCAGAUGUCUACGUCCGUCUAGAUAACGUGGCUCGUAUACACCAAAUGCUAGAUGAUUGGCUUGCCCGUAUACCUUCAGAGUUUUCUGCUAGUGCCAUUACCGAAAGCGGGAACACAAACCUACAGAGGGCUUUUGGUGUUUUGUACUCAAGCCACCUCACCUGUCGAAGUGUCGUCUGCAAGGCUCAUGCCAUGGAAGCACAAUGGAUACCAAGUCUUCGAGACUUUGGAAGAAAGGCUGUAGAGCAAGGGAUAGUCGCAACUCCACGGUUGCCAGUUGGUUGGCACAAACUUGUCCAUGAAUCUCGCGAGUACAUCGAACUGUUCAUAGCCAUUGAUCAUAAAGAUCCUGCAUUUAUUUGGUAA